UCUUGAUUGACUGGUGGACUACUUUCUUUACAAGACUGAAGGGAUGAGGAGGAGACUGGCUCAGAUCCUGGGCCUGCUGCUCUGCGUACUGGGCUGGGGCUUGGUGGGCUGCACCGUUGCUAUGGACCACUGGAGAGUGGCCCAGCUGGGGGGUCAGGCGGGCUCGUCUGUGGUGGUGACAGCCUGGUUCUGGUCAGACCUGUGGAAGGACUGCUUUGAGGACUCCACCGCUCUGGUGAACUGUGUGGACUUCGGGGUGCUGUGGACGGUCAAACCGUAUAUCCAGGCAGUUAGGGGGCUCCUGAUGAUCGGCCUUUGCCUCGGCUUGAUUGGCACAGUGCUCACAUUUUUUGGAGUGGAGUGCACACACAUUGGAGGAGACCAGAGACGUAACGACCAGCUGCUAAUAACGGCAUCUGCUCUCCACCUGGUCGGCUGUGGAUCAGACGUGGCUGGUUACUGUUUAUACAUAAACAGAGUGGUUGCAGCUUUUUUACACAGCAAAGCAGAUCCGUCAAAACUGGGCUAUGAAAUUGGACCACCCCUAUAUCUUGGCCUGGUGGGGAGUUUCCUUAUUUUCCUUGGCUGUACAAUUCACUGCGCAACUGUGUGCAGAGUUAAGCAACCAGAAAGCAGACGUCACAUGGUUCCUGUUAUCAGAGACAAACACGAGGAAAAAGAAGAGUUAAGAAUCUACACAGGGUCAAAAAGGUCACAUGACUCCCAAAGUGUUUCUGCAUACAAGGUGGCUUCUAUUGUGAUUGUCUAAAACAACAGAUUCAUUUGUACAUUUUUUCUAUAAUCUAUAUUUUUGUUACAUCAUAAUUAUUCAUUGAAUUGUUAAAAGCGCCCUGUAGAGUUUUCUACCAGCUCUUUUUACAACUGGGUGUAAUAAGAAGUGUUUUAGCCCCAGAAACAAUAUCAGAAUAAGCUCUAAAAAAAUCAUUUCUAGCGGCCAUUUUUCUAACUUCACCAAAUAAAGAAACUGUAAGAAUUAAGGCACUGACACAUUUGCUGAUGUAAGUACUAGCUAUUGUUCUGUUAAACAGCUUAUCGUUAUUAUUUUUCAUAAUGUUAUAAUCAAUGCUUAUAAACUUGACGUUGAACUGAUGAUGUUUCAGAAAUCUGCUACAGAAAAUUACUCAUCAUUUCUCUUUGGGGAUGCCAGACUAAUAAAAAAUAAUUUACAGAUUUUUCAAUAAUGAAAAUAUUAUUAUUGCAUGUCUUUGUAAAUUACUUUUGUUCCUAUGCAACAUAAAAGUAAUUAAAUGUUUUGUUAUUUUUUGAGUGUGGCAAACAGAAAGGUUACCAUUUCAUUACUCAUUAUUUUUGGGUUGUAAACGUGUCAGAAAAGAAUAAAAAGUGUUUGAAGAUGGAAUAAAAUGGUUAAUUUUGCAACUAUGAGGAAGUAAAAGUGUUAAGUAUAUCAGUAAAAUGAUCCAGAGAGACGUCAUCCCUCACCGUUCCUGGGAACAUGAAGGAUGCUUACUGGGCAAAACCG